AUGCUGGCGAGCUUAAACGAUCCGUAUUCCCGGUUCGUCUCGCCUAAGCAAUUCGCGGCGUUAGCUAAGUACGACGUUACUGGAAUCGGGCUGAACAUUGGCGAGGACGUGGAGGAUGGGCGGGUGAAGCUGAAGGUGGUGGGGAUCGUUCUCGGCUCGCCAGCACAGUUAGCAGCGGCGAAGCGUGAUGUGGUAACCGCGAUCCAACGGCUAGAAGCGGCCGGUGCGACAUCUUUUGUCCUGGACCUACAGGACAACCCAGGGGGCCUCGUGCAAUCCGGGGUGGAAAUCGCAAAACUUUUCCUCGAGAGAGGGCAAACGGUGGUCUACACCGAGGCCCGCCCGGGUGAUUUACCCCAGAAAAGAAGCAUCGAAGCGACAGGGAAACCGCUCACGCGAGCCCCUUUGACGGUCCUGGUAAACGGUCGAACGGCCAGUGCUAGCGAGAUUGUCGCCGGCGCGUUGCACGACAACUGCCGAGCGGUUUUGGUGGGGUCGAGAACGUUCGGAAAGGGGCUGAUCCAAUCCGUGUAUGAAUUAAAUGAUGGUUCAGGUAUGGUGGUGACGGUGGGCAAGUAUGUGACUCCUGGGCUGGUGGAUAUCGAUGGGAACGGCAUUGCAGCGGAUUUCAGGAGGAAGCCGAGUGGGGAGAUGGCGCGAUGGAAGCUGGCCAACUGCAAGGUGCCCAGCUCGUAG